AUGUUCCAAGGUGACGACCUUCCUAGAAGCGACGAAAUCUGGAAUGCCAUCGCUGAGUUUUUUGACGCGAUGUAUGUUGUGUUUCCGGUCUUGUCAUACACCAAUCUUGCCUCACGUCUGAUCAUCGAACCAGCUUGGCGCGCCAUCCCCGAAUUUAGCACGCUACUCUGGUCCAUUCAGAUGGUGAACGCAGCAAGCCAAUUCCGCAUGGCACUCGGAGACAAGGCACAUCUUUCGGAGCUCAUUACCCAAGUGGAGAGGUCACGUCUGGGUUAUGACUUUGCUGAUCCAGCCACACUCGAUAGUGUGGUUGUCUCUUUAUUUCUGUUCACCGCCUAUAACGUCCUCGAAAGGCACAACCGCGCGUUCUUGUACCUGGACGAAGCUCUCUCUCUCGUAGAGGCAGUGGAACCUCUCGACGAAGAAGACCGGCACAGAAAGCUACAGAUUGAGCAGGUUCUCUUUAAUACCGAGGCAGCAACUUUUGCAAUAUAUGCAAAUAAGAGCAGACGGCGACGGGCUCGCAGGCCACUGAGGAUUGUGGACGGAUCACCAACGGGGCCACAAUCUGUUGGGCCCACUGAUGAAUCCGACAGAGUUGCUAUGCACUUAUUGAGGCGCCUCACUGAGAUACACAUGGCCGAGGAUGCAGAAGCAUUCGAGGGAAUAGAUAUCGAGUCUGAGGCUGAUAUGGCAACGCUAUUUGGGGCCGUUUUUAAACGUCAUCGAUACUCCCGUAUUCAAGCAGCCGAUGUGGUUGUUACGCGGCAAUGGCAGCUGUCAACAAAACUGGUCGCCGAUCUUAGACAUGGGCAUGGGAUCUCGCCGAGGUUACAGCAAUCAGUUGAAUUGCUAGGUCUUGCAGCCAUGUCCUGGAUUUGCUUAUUGGGAGAAGGCGAACUACGAAUCGUGGGCCUGGGGAAACUAUCUGGCCUUGCACAGAACAUCUACUUUUUAGCAGGAGGAGGUAGGUGUCAAUACAUCCUAGGAGGUCUCGCGGGCGCUGUCAUCAAGGAGGAUCAUGAGAAGAUUUUUGCACCUCGGCUGGCUGAGGUGGUCAUGCCUUUGAUAUCAACAGUACCUUUACCAAUGAGUUCACUGCAGCGCUACGAAGAUCAGAGCUCGACCACCCAGGCACGGACGGCGAUGCAAGUUGAGCGUUUGAAUAUUGGCAUCUUUGAAUCCCACAGCGAUUCCUGGAAGCCUUCAAUGCAGGAUGAUGUGAGAGAGAAUGACGACUGCAAUUCGCCAGACCUGAUCAACAGAUUUAUUGACAUCUCCUGA